AUGAGUGGAGAAGAGUCCUACCGUAGUCCAGGACAUCUUCCAAUUCCAAAAAAAAGAAGUCGAGGUCGUUUGAGGAAAGCUCAGCUCUCGGGAAUGGAUGAUGACAUGUCUUGUGUCUUUUUGAUGUUCCGUUUCCUCAUUGCUCUUGCUCUCUUCUCCACUGUUUCUGCAGUUACCUUGGCUAUCUGUCAAAACUACUGUGCCUCUGUCAAUGGUGGAGCAUCUUAUGACAAUUGCUCUCCAUGGAUCAGUUUUGCCACUCAAACCAAUCAGACCUGCUACAAUCUCUGUGUCCAUAACUGUGCUGCUGUCUAUGAUGGAGCCUGUAUGACUGGAAAUGGAUACCGUUGCUGUCUUCCAACUACUCCAGCUAAAACCCAACAAUUCAAAGUCAGUGGAUGCAACAAACUUUAUAAUAACCUGGUCUAG